AUCCACGGACACCAUGGCGAGCCCCUGCGUCGAGCUUAGCAACAAGAUGAAGAUGCCCAUGCUGGGGCUGGGCACUUGGCAGGCUCCUCCAGGAAAGGUGGAAGAAGUGGUGAAGUAUGCUAUUGAUGCAGGCUACCGUCUCUUUGAUUGCGCCUACUUCUACCAGAAUGAAAAUGAAAUAGGGAAUGCAGUCCAGCAGAAGAUCAAGGAGGGGGCUGUGAAACGGGAAGACCUCUUCAUUGUCACUAAGCUGUGGAAUACCUUUCAUGAGAAGUCCAUGGUUAAGGUAGCAUGCAAGAAGAGCCUUGCUGCCCUGCAACUGGACUACCUUGACCUCUACCUGAUGCACUACCCCAUGGGAUUCAAGGCUGGCGAGGAGCUGCUUCCUGCAGAUGAUAAGGGUAUGAUUAUCCCCAGUGAGACAGAUUUUCUGGACACAUGGGAGGCCAUGGAAGAGCUGGUGGACUGUGGUCUGGUAAAAGCCAUUGGUAUCUCCAACUUCAACCAUGAGCAGAUUGAAAGACUCUUGAACAAGCCAGGACUGAAGUACAAGCCAGUCAAUAAUCAGAUCGAAUGCCAUCCGUACCUCACCCAGGAAAAGCUGGUCAAGUACUGUAAAUCCAAAGGGAUUGUUGUGACUGCUUUCAGCCCCCUUGGCUCUCCUAACCGCCCAUGGGCCAAACCAGGGGAACCUACACUGCUGGAAGAUCCCCAAAUUAAAGAGAUUGCAGCCAGACAUAAGAAAUCCCCUGCCCAGGUUUUGAUCCGGUUUCUUAUUCAGAGAGACAUGAUUGUCAUACCCAAGUCCGACAAGCCCCAGCGUGUGCAGGAGAACAUCAAGGUGUUUGACUUUGAGCUCUCUAAAAAGGAGAUGGAUGUCAUCCUCACCUUCAACAGGAACUGGAGGGCAGUUCCAGUGGUCCAGGCUGCCAAUCACAAGGACUACCCAUUCAAAAUAGACUAUUAAUGUCUGUGGGUUCUGCAAGAUCUCCAUGUAACUCCUUCCAGACCAGAUGUCUACUCCAAGGCUUGGUCUUGACUUCUUCUUUUGUACUUGACAGUCAUUAUGAGCAGUCACUUCUCCUCCUCUUUUUAAGAGGAGACCACCAGCUGGCGUAAGAAUGCAGCAGUAGGGCUGGGCCUUCUCUAAAGAUGCUUAGCAGAAACCUGGUUUUGAUUAACAGUAAACAAGACAAUGUUUCUUCAUUUCCUUUUCCCCCUUGUCUUCCUUAAUUAAAGACAUGCUCAAUGAAUGGGUUUUUUUCAUACAUUAUUUUCCACUG